UGUCAACCAAGCCACUCACAGUGGCUGGGAGUUUGCAGGGCACUGGAACGGUAACCGGCAGCUUGACUCGUGCUACAAUAAGCUGGCAUGUGGACAGGAUAGCAAGAUUGCAGAAGAGAGAGGAUGGGCAGGUGGGAUCGGCGCAACUUUGGGAAGGCUCAUGAUUCCAUUGUCACCAAUGUUGUGGAAAGGAUCCAAGCAGCUGCCAAGCAUUUGGGAAUAGACGGGGACGUUGUGCCCUUCGGUUCCCACACCAACACAUUGUGCAACGCGAACUCAGACUGUGAUGUAACCUUCGUGCCGCGGGAGGACGUUUGGGGUGAAGCUGCAUUGCAUAUCUUGAAGCUCAUAGCGCAAGAGCUACCGAGCCACGGCUUCAAGAGCAUCAUCCACAUUUUUCAGGCCUCGAUACCCAUUAUCAAGGCCAUUGAUCCAGGAGGCGUUGAAGUUGACCUUUGCAUUGGAAAUCACCUUGGUAUCCACAACAGCAGGCUGGUAGCAGCUUACUGUCAAUUAGACAGGCGUGUCGGUGAGGUGUGCAGGCUGGUGAAGCAGUGGGCGAAGUCAGAAGAGCUUGUAAGCAUCAGUGACGGCCACUUGACCUCGUAUGCUUACACCUUGCUGACCUUGUACUUUUUGAUGAAAUCAUCGCCUCCAUUACUGCCAAACCUGCAGGAUCUGGCAUUUGGCUCCGGCCACGACUCUGUGGCGGUGGUGGACAGAAAGUGGGGUCAAAAGAUGACCUGGGAAUGCAAGUUUUGGGAGGACGUAGAGUUGCUACCAAAGUCACUGAACGUGGACAGCAGUGAGAAGCUCCUGAGGGGAUUUUUUCGCUUCUACACGGAGGAAUUCGAUUGGAGCACUCAUGCUGUUUGUGUGCGUUUGGCGACUCCCAAACAAGACGUUUCAAAGUUUAAUUUGGCAGCUCCGGCUACAAAGGAAGGGUGGUUCAUUGAAGAUCCUUUUGAUCUUCGACACAAUUUGGCUUCAAAUUGCAUAAAGGAGGGGCGGCAGCGGAUUUUGGCACGCAUGGCGGAAGCCCUCAGGCUACUUGAAGAAGGUGGACUUCAAGCUUUUCAUAGUUACCGAUCCAGCAAGAAAUCCAAGUUCAUGCUGAAGUGCCGCAUCCACGUGGAGAAGGUCUCUGUCGAGGACUUCAAAUCAACUAUCACCACGUCAACAAAUCUGAAGGAUGCGUUCGACCUCCACUUUCCUUCAUCGGCUACCCGCAACAAGGAGGUUGCAGAUGCCUUCAUCAUUUUCAAGAGCAAAGAAUCACAGAGACAGGUGCAUGAGCUCAAUGAGCGAAUGAUUGGUGAAUGGCAACUGCGGCUCAUGCCUUGCAGUACUUGGGCGUUGCAAGAUGCUUUGGCGGCUGGAGAGUAUCAGCAUCUGGAAGUCGCUCCCAAGAUCUCUACAAAGCCUGAAAAUGUGGCUGAUCAGGUCCGGAAUGGCUACAGGUCAGCCACCAGCAUUGCUGAGGUUAAGCAGCUGAUCGAGCUUGCCCGAAGCAACGACUUGAAGUAUGAGGAGCAAUUGGGCCUCAAACGCUUAAAGCAGUUGGAGUCCAGUGGGCAGGCGCCUAGCUCUGCCCUAGCGACACCUGCAAAGCCCACGAGUGAAGAUGAGGCUGAGUCCCGGGCAGCUUACCAGUGAGGCCACCUGUGUGUUGCGUCAGCAUUAGCGGCGCCCUAGCGCUCGGAGAGUCACUGUUGGUUUUGUG